AUGACUGCCGAAAGUUUUCCACCCUCCAGCGGCAAUUUAUCUAGCUUAUCCGAAGAUGAGAUUCAUCUAGCUAUGAAUAACUACGAUUUUUACAUGACGAAACCAAGUAUUCUUGAUAGAUCAUCUGGUGUAAGUCUUCCUAUCAACAGGUUUAACAAAGUACCUGUUAUUAGAGUAUAUGGUUGCUUACCCUCUGGUCACCAAGUUCUUUGUCAUAUCCAUGGGGUUUUCCCAUAUAUAUUUCUAGAGUAUGAUGGAUUGGAUUCAGAUACAUCAUCUGUGAUGAAUCAGAAAUGUGCACAACUACAUAUUAUGUUAGAAACAGGAGUUAGCCAAUAUUAUUCGAAGGAUGCCAAGUCAGGUAGCACAAGCACAGUCACAGGGAACCUCAAUCAUAUAGCAAAUGUGUCAAUUGUCAAAUGCGUUCCUUUUUAUGGGUUUCAUGUUGGAUGGUCUGCAUUUUACAAAGUUACACUCUUGAAUCCGUCCCAAGUUAACAAGGUAUCUGAUUUACUUCGGGAAGGAAAGUUACUCUCCAGGAAAGUUCCAACAUUUGAGACGCAUAUCCCAUAUCUCUUGCAGUUUUCUGCAGAUUUUAAUUUAUUUGGUUGUGACUGGAUUAAUUUUGGACAAUGUUAUUUUAGAAAUCCAGUCUUAAAUCCAGUCUUAGAUACUGAUAAUCUAAUGAUGACAGCGGAAUUAGAGACCUUUUUGAAAAUAUUUUGCAAAAAGGGGCAUAGUAUACUACAUAAAGGUGAAUUCCCACGAGUUGGAAAUGGAUUAUUAGAAAUAGAUGUACUACCACAAUUUAUUAAAAAUAUAGAUAACCUGAAUUAUAGUGAUGGACCCAGUAAUUUUCCACAACCUGGGGAGGCCGCUCUUACUUCCAUAAUCAAAUAUCACGUAUCUUCAACAAGGCGUAUGGUAAAUGACCUAAAUUCUCAAAGGAAUUUGUUUUCAUUGGAAAAAUAUAAACUCCCAAAUGUUAUCGAGAGGAAUACAAACAUCAAGGAAAGUUGGCAGUCUACCGAAGAUUACAACGAUUUUUUCAACAAAGCAAAAAAUAAAAUGAAAUUAUAUUCACAUACUCCUAGUUUUUCAAAUUUUGUUAAGAAUGACGCUAGAUUUGACAGUAUUGUUAAUUUACAUGAAUCUUUGAGUGAAUUGUGGCCAAUCAUACCGCGUUCGUUAGUUCUACAAGAAAAUAAUCCCUUACCUGAACAAGUGUUAGACACAUCUUUCAAUGACUACAAUAAUGCUGGUGAUACUGAAAGCGAAGAAGAAGAUUCAGGGGAAAUUAUUGAGCAUGUCAUAAACGGUAAUUCGAUACCCACCGAGGCGGUGAUAGGAUCUACUGACAACAAUGAUAAAAAUGAUUCAGAAAGUCUCGCUAAUCGAACAUUACCUAUUAAUCAAUCAAAUUCAUCAUGGAAGGAUAAAUUAUCCCAGUCGAUGGAUUUUGUUCUGACACAAAAUAUGGCUAAAAGAAGAAAAUUGCUCAGUCAGAAUGUCUCACAAAAAAUAAUGCCAAAAUUGGAAUCAAAAAGAUGUGGUAACGGGAUUGGAUAUGGAAAAUGUGCAUUUAGAUAUAAGGUAGCACCAUUAUGUAGUUCUAAUAUUACGGAGGAUUUGCGAGAAAAUGGUUUUCCGAUUAUUGAUUACCCAGACCUUCAUUUUGGAAACCCUAGAGACUUAGACAUAAAACCAUAUAUAUAUGCCGGAAAACGAUUUGAUAUCAAUUCAACCCAUUUAAUCGAUCGUGUUCCACUGACAUAUGAAGAUAACCCUGUAAUACUGGAUGACAUAUCCAGUGAAAAUUAUUUUGAGACUUGGAAGUAUAACAAGAAACCACCCACUUUUUCUUCAGUUAAAUCAGAAACAGAAAAAAAGAGAUAUUCGAAAAUUCAACAAUCUCAGAUAGCAAAUGUCAGUCCAUCGAACAUAUUUAUGUAUAAGUUUAAGAGCUUCUCACCAAAUAACAAAAGUAAAACGAACAGAGGAAUCCAAGAAACAUUAACCCAUUUUAGCCUUGAAAUACAUGUUAAUACAAGGGAAGACUUUAAACCAGAUCCACGUUUAGAUCCUGUCUCAGCCAUAUUUUGGAAAUUGGACGAUGAAACGUAUCCAUUUGAUUUUGACAUCGAGACAGAAGGUAUUAUGGUAGUAAAUCCGGAUGUUGAUGACCCAAAGUUCUCUCGAAAAUUCACAGAUGCAGCCGGUGAAAUACCAAUUAUGAUAUAUGAUUCAGAGUUUGAUAUGCUAGAUGCAUUAACAGAUUUAGUGAUUCUUUUUGACCCUGAUGUUCUUUCAGGUUUUGAGGUUAACUUAUCAUCCUGGGGUUACCUCAUACAAAGGUGUGAUAGAGUGCAUAAAUUUAAUUUAACUGACGAAAUAUCGAGAGUAGCAUUCAAGUGGAAACAUGACAAAUUUGAAAAGACUUCACGGUUAUAUACACAUUCAUCUGGUACGACAAUUACUGGUAGGUAUGUUUUAAAUAUAUGGAGAAUCAUUCGUGCAAACGUAGCACUAACUCAGUAUACGGUUGAAAAUUUAGCAUUUACUAUAUUGCAUGAAAGAAUUCCUCACUUUUCAUAUCAGGACCUUACUGGCAUGUGGAAUAAUAUCAAUAAUACCAACAGUAUAACUUAUCUAAAGUCAUUAUUUCAUUAUUGGAUGACGAGAACACGUAUAAAUAUAAAAUUACUACGAAAACAGGAUUUUAUCGAUAAAACCAUAGAACAAGCAAAAUUGAUUGGAAUUGAUUUCCAUUCAGUAUAUUUUCGUGGGUCUCAAUAUAAAGUUGAAUCAUUUCUUAUUCGUCUAUGCAAAUUAGAAGGUUAUGUUCUACUAUCACCAACAAAAACUGACGUUCAGAAUCAAAAAGCAUUGGAAUGUGUUCCUUUAGUAAUGGAACCCGAAUCUGCAUUUUACAAGAGUCCAAUGGUUAUUCUGGACUUCCAAUCUCUGUAUCCAACUAUUAUGAUGGCCUACAAUUAUUGCUAUUCAACAAUGUUAGGAAGAGUGAAAGAAAUGAGUGAGAAGAGUAACACGAUUGGUGUUGGUAAUGUCCCUUUGCAAAAAGGUUUACUUACAUUAUUGGAUGAUAAAGUUACAAUUGCUCCAAAUGGAAUGGUAUAUGUUAAAUCUUCCAUCAGAAAGUCCACUCUUUCUAUCAUGUUAAAGGAAAUCUUAGAUAUAAGAGUCAUGGUCAAGAAAACAAUUUCAGAGCUAGGUUCUCGUAACGAUGCACUUAAGAAGUCAUUAUCGAACAAGCAACUUGCUUUGAAAUUGUUAGCAAAUGUCACAUAUGGUUAUACAUCUGCUUCAUUUUCUGGAAGAAUGCCCUGUUCAGAUUUGGCAGAUAGCGUUGUCCAAACAGGUAGAGAGACACUCGAAAAAGCUGUUUCGAUGAUCGAAUCUAAUGAUAAAUGGGCUGCUAAAGUGGUAUACGGUGACACUGAUAGUUUAUUCAUAUAUCUCCCGGGGAGAUCUAAAAAGGAAGCAUUUGAUAUUGGACAAGAAAUCAGUAUAGCAGUAUCAAAAGCUAACCCAGAUCCUAUAUUUUUGAAGUUUGAAAAGGUUUAUUUUCCAUCAAUAUUGGUAAGUAAGAAAAGAUAUGUUGGUUAUUCGUUUGAAAGUAGGGAUCAAAAGGUGCCAAUGUUAGACUCAAAGGGCAUAGAAACUGUACGAAGAGACGGUCACCCAGCACAACAGAAAAUUGUUGAAGAGACAUUAAGAAUUUUAUUUGACACAAAGGAUUUGUCAAAAGUGAAAAAUUAUGUGCAAGAACAGUUCUCAAAAAUUUAUCAAGGAAAUAUUUCAAUACAAGAUUUCUGUUUUGCCAAAGAAGUAAAGUUAGGGAGAUACAAAAGUGAAAAUACUGCACCUGCUGGAGCAGUUGUGGCUAAAAGGAAAAUGGAGAAAGAUAAAAGAGCAGAACCUCAAUAUAAGGAAAGGGUACCGUACCUCGUUGUAAGAAGUAAACUUGGAGAAACUCUGCGUAAUAGAAGUAUUUCUCCAGAAGAAUUUAUUGCAGACGAUUCGUUGGAGCUGGACUCCGACUAUUAUAUUCUGAAGACAUUGGUUCCACCAUUGUCUAGACUUUUAAAUAUUACAGGAAUAAAUGUUUCAGAUUGGGUAACGAACUUAAAAAGAACUAGAAAAGGCUUAAGUAGUAUUAAGGACAAAAGAGUCAAAGCUUUAGGUGAAUCAAUUUUAUGUUGUAAUUGUAGAAAAAACCAUGUAUCGGAACGAUCGGCGGCAUUAUGUCAAGAAUGUUUAAGUGAUGAAAGGACAACUACUGUUAGUUUAUUAAUGGGUAAAUCGGUUACUGAGACACGUUCUGAAGAUUUAGGUCUUAUUUGUCGUGUUUGUAGUUACAGAUAUACACAUGACGCUGGUCCAAUUGGAAACGAUAUUGCACUAAAAUGUGAUUCAUAUGACUGUCCUAUAUAUUAUUCUAGGAUGAAGAAUAAAAGAUAUCUCCAAAGUAAUAACACAGAUACAAAAGACAAGGCCUUACGAUAUCUGGACAAAUGGUAG